UUCAGGAAGUACGCAUUUCAUGUUGCGUUUACCAGCUAGCGAGAAAAGUCUUCAGAAAUCCAAAAAAUACGAUAAGUUUCUUGGUUAAUAAGAAACACAGUUCAGCUGAGAAUGUCCGCCGGUCCCGAGUCCACACAUGUCUCAUCGCUACUGAAGGGUGACAGCCUGCAGCAACAGGUUCUUGCCUCCUUGCCUCUGUGUGACAUCACAGAGGAGGAUCUGACCCAGAACCCUCAGUUCUGUAAACUCCUGGCCACCCUGUCUCAACAUGUGGACCAGAAUGGACUCACGGUCUCACUGAAAGCAGAGCUGGAAAAGGCUGAGCAGAAGCUGCAGAGCCAGAGGCGACACUGGCUGCGCUCCGAGAGCCUCCACAAAGGGCUGCAGGAGAUGAUCCAGGACCACUGUAUCAGGAAGCACCACGCCACUGUGCCCCCCGACCAGAGCAUGGUACACUUCAUACACUUGUUUGCAAGUGAAUGAUGGGAAACAUGUUUCUGGUCAUUAAAACUGCGCUAGGCAAUUCACUUUGCACACUGCAUCUCCAAAUUGGAGCUACGGGUCACAGUUUGAAACAUUUACACUUCAGUAUCCAGAAAUCUAUCAUGUAAUAUUAUUCUUUUAAGGCACUCUGUGUGUGUGUGUGUGUGUGUGUGUGUGUGUGUGUGUGUG